AUCCCCGUUGCGAGGAGCGCUUUUAACAAUCCCGAGGCCGCGGCGGGACGGUGAGCGCCAGCGCGGGUUGCUAGGGCUGCGCCGGGGCAAGCGCCCUAGUGUUUUGACCACUGGCUGGAGGCGCCCAGCGGGGACCCUGCGCACAUGGUGGCAACUCUUCCUGAACAUGGCGGCUGACUUGAAACCUUCCCAGAGGGGCACUUUUCCUUCUUUCCCGAGUAGCUACCCAUCAUGCCGCUCUCAGGGACAGGAUGUUACGGAUCUCAAAAAAUCACCCCAAAAGACUAAUGGAAAGAAGCUCUGUGAUAAGCAGUCACAUACUGAUGAAGACAAAGAAAAGGCAAUGCAGCAGGACCGGCUGGAAGAGAACAAGGUCUUUUGUAAAUCGGAUGAGAAGGAUUCCAAAAGUAAAAUAUACCUUAAUCGCUUGUAUCAGAUGUAUUCUACCUCUCUUGCUAACAUGGAAUUCACCAGGAGACUGCUCCAGAGCAGCGACUGGCGUGCAGAAGGGAGGGCAGAUUGCAGCGCUUGGGAUUUGCUGGAUUCCUUGUUCCCAAAUGGAGACCAUCAUUGCCAAGUUCAGCCCAGAGAGACAAGGACAGAAGAAAAAUCACCAGCAGUUCAGCAACCUCAGACACUGCCUCACCUCAGCUUCUUGAAAUUCAAGAACCCAACCAGCAAAAAAAGAGAUUCUAAUGAGAAAACAAGAAGAUCCCAGGCAGCCACGCAUGGCACGAAGGAUAGCGGGAAAGCCUCCUCGGAUUUCACUGAGAACCAAGCAGACAAAUGGGCAGUGGCUGGGCGCGCAAGGGAACUUCCCUUCCCACGCAGGUGUAGGCGAGACUGGGGCCGCAAAGCCCGGGAACCCUUGGAAGAAACGCAACCAACCCGACGGAGGCCAGGCAGAAGCUGCGCGUCCUUAAGUGGGACUGGGCGCGCUCAGGUCUGGGAGCCGGACGGAGGGGCUUCUGCCUUGGGCGCAGGUGAGCCCGGAGGUGGGUGGCGUCUCCCAGCUCUCAACCCCACGGGGAGGAGGGCUUGGAAGGCGCGUGGGGCGGCGUGCGCGCAGCUAAGCGGGCCAGCGCCGCGAGCCUCGUCCCCACUGCUCCGCGCCCUGCACCCUGGGGGCCGGACGCGCGCCCCUGGUCGCACCGUUUCCUCCUCCUCCUCCUCCUCCUCCUCCACCUCCUUCCCGGCCGCCGCGGGGCCGGGCCCGGUGCUUUGAUGGAGGUGCAAACAUUUUGGGG